AUGGCUGAUGCAUUAAAGAGUGCCAUUGCUCAGAGUCUGGAGUGUCCUGUAUGUCUGAAUACCUUCACCGACCCCAAGAUCCUGUCUUGUUCUCACACCUACUGCAAGACCUGUCUGGACAACCUCUUGGAAUGCCAUGGUAACGAUCAGAUGCUCCGAUGCCCUGUCUGCAGAGCUGAAACCCAGGUCCCAAACCAAGAUGUCAGCAAAUUACCGGCUAAUCUAGCUUUGAAGUCUCUCAUAGAUGACGUGAAGAAUCAAUAUCAGUUUUGUACGAAUUGUGAAUCCGAGGACAAACCCCAAGCUGUUGUCUACUGUCAAGACUGUGGCAUGUAUUUCUGUAUCACUUGCCACAACAAACACUCUCAGUGGAAAAACUUCCUCGGUCAUGAGGUCUUUGCCAUGAGUGAUAUCCUAUCAGGGAAGGCGUCAGUACGUAGGUAUCGUAAAUGCAGAAAACACCCCAAAGAGGACGAGGAGUGCUUCUGUUCCGACUGCAGGAGAUUCGCCUGCUUCAGAUGUGUUGUCAUGGAGCACACAAAGGAAGGACAUGGGGUCAUCGAGGCAGCUGUUUAUGAAAGCAACCAUAUGAAGAGUAUCGAAGACCUCAAAUUCAAGACGGACAAGAAACGCUCUUGCUUUCAGAAAUACGUUGAUUUCAUUGAUGAACAGAAGGAGCGUGUGAGCGAUGUUCAAAAGCAGUGUACAGAUAGUAUCAACAAAGCAUAUGAAGAAUCAGUCAGGCAGCUGACAGAGAAGAAAGAAGUCCUCAUUGUUGAAGUCAAGGAUCCUGACUACGAGAAGCCGAGGCAAUCGAGCAAGAAAGGAAAAAGUGUCAGUUUUAAGAGGAACAUUGGAAUGGACGAGCUAUCUCUCGGUAAGAUCGUGAACGCAGUUGCAAAGAACAUCUCUUUGCCUACUAAGGAUAGCAUGAAUUAUGCCAUGGUUAGUACACCAGACGGUAGGAUGGCAGUGGGAUGUCGUGGAGGUGGCGUCGAGAAUGUUCGAGUAGACCUCGCUGAAUCCUCUGAUGAUAGUGAAGAUAUCGGACUUGCAUCUGCAAAUGCAAGAUUUCAAGCUUCUGCAGCAAGAGCAACACCUGGUGAUGGAGGUGUAAUGAGACCAAACAGCAGAACCAGGCAGAGGUGGAAGAGGUGCUAG